CAUUGGCCGGUCGUGGCUUAUCUUUGAAUUUAUACUUUUACACCGCAAUAAAACCGUUUUAAAACGAAUUUUGCUAUUUACUGAGUUAAAUGCAACAUUAUAUUUGUAAAUUGUAACAAAACACAAGUAUGUUACGCCUCGUGUUAUUGUUGCAUCUGGUAUUGUGCUCUCUGGUAAUGUGUAAAAGGAGAAAGGAAAAGGAAUCGUCCGAGAGUGCAGAUGACUUGGGAGGCCAGUUGGUGACUGCGUUACGAAAUGACGUUAAUAUAGACCUCUCAGCUGAUGAGGAGUAUGAGGACCUUCGAGCUGAGCUCCUCGCCUACCACACAGCACUCGCAUCCAUCACACCUGGACGUAGAUCGAUGAAGACAACGCCGUGUUGGCAGAUAGGUGGAAUUUGCGUCAAUCACAAAAUGUGUGAGGGCGACCGCUUUCUAUCUGAAGCUCAUGGCUGCAGAAGAAAUUUAGAAGUGUGUUGCUUCGUGUGGAACAGAUACUACGCCAGAGACCUGACACACUUAGGUUUGAAAAACUUAGCACUGCCGUGGAAUCAGCAAAUGGAAAUUGGCGGUAAAGGUAUUAUAGAUCCACCCUCAAUUGAAAAGACGAAAAAGAAGAAGAAGAAAACAGUAAAGAGAAACUUGGAUUAUGCCCUAAAUAUACCAUCACGCGACGGUGGAUAUAAAGAAGAGAAUAAUAUUGGUGACAUUCCUGUUAUGGUUAUAAUAAGAAAUCAUAACAAGUAAUUGUUCUUACUCACUCGUAUUGCAGACAAAAUGUUAAUGAAAUGUAAAAUUAAAUUCGAUAUUUUAUCUUAACGAAUGUACCUAACGAAACAUUACAAUCAAAACAUUAAACGGCUUAUCGAA